CCAAAAAGUUCUCUUUUUUUCUUCUACUCUGUAGCACUACAACAUCUUCUACUCAUACCCCUCUUCUCAAUCUCUUGAACUCUACUCCUCCAAAAAUCCUAGUCCCGACCCAACACAAGGAGGUAAAAUGGCGAAGACCAUGUCCUCUUGCACCUAAGAAGCAGCUUGUGCUCUUCUCUCUUUCUGGGAGUCGUCAUCUUUUAUACCGAGAAAGAGGAGGGAAGUUGGCGGUGGAUAAAGAAGGUGGCGGCAGGCGGAAAUGGCAAGGUUGGGAAUGCAAGUGGCGUUAGGAACUAGUGCUUUGCUUCAAGAGCUUGAGCAAAUAUGGACUGAGAUCGGAGAGAGUGAAAAGGAGAAAGACCAUAUGCUGGUGGAGUUGGAAAAGGAGUGCAUGCAAGUGUACCGUAGGAAGGUUGAUGAAGCCAGAAGCGCAAGGGCUCGCCUUCAUCAAUCUUUGGUCUCCAAAGAAGCAGAGGUUGCCUCUCUUAUGGCCUUACUUGGUGAACAGCAUCUCCAGCUGGAGGUGGAGAAGGCUACAUCACUGAAGGGAAAACUUGCUUCAGUUAACCCGAUUUUGGAAAAUCUCCAAAAAAAGAAAGAAGAUCGUGUCAAGCAGUUUUCUGAUAUAUGGUCCCAGAUUGAAAAGCUCAAUGUAGAGAUUACAGGAUUUAGAGAUGCUGUCACGAUUGAAGAACAUGAUUUAUCUAUAAGGAAACUUACUGAAUAUCAAACAAAACUACGAAGUCUCCAGAAGGAGAAGUCCGAUCGUCUUCAUAACAUCUUGGAACAUGUAAAUGAGGUGCAUUCUCUAUGUGGUACACUUGGAGUGGAUUUCAGGAAAAUAGUGGGUGAAGUGCAUCCCAGUCUGCAUGAGACAUGUGGAGAAAAGUCCACUAAUAUUAGUGAUACCACACUGGAAGGCCUAUCUCAAGCCAUCCUAAAACUAAGAACAGAAAAGAAGAUACGAGUGCAGAGGUUGCAAGAUGCAAGCGCAUCACUUUUAGAACUGUGGAAUCUGAUGGAUUCAUCUGAAGAAGAGAGGAGGCCUUUCGAAAAGGUGACGAUCAAGUUUCGAUCCCCUGAAAAUGAUGUAAUGUGUCCUGGUGUGCUCUCACUUGAAAUAAUCAAGCAGACAGAAGCUGAGGUCAAGAGGCUUAAACAACUCAAAGUCAGUAGAAUGAAAGAACUUGUUCUGAGGAAAAGGUUAGAACUAGAAGAGAUAUGCAGAUAUGCACACAUUGAACCAGAUUCGAGCACAGCACCAGAGAAAACCUGUGCUUUGCUAGAUUCUUGUCUCGUUGAUCCUUCGGAGCUUCUGACUAAUAUUGAGACACAAAUUGAAGAAGCUAAAAAACAAUCUAUGACCAGGAAAGAAAUCAUAGAUAGAGUAAACAAAUGGCUCUUUGCGUGUGAGGAAGAGAAUUGGCUUGAAGAUUACAACAAGGAUUGGAACAGGUACAGUGCUGGAAGAGGCGGCCACUUGAAUCUUAAACGCGCAGAGAAGGCACGGGUGAUCGUCAGCAAAAUUCCAGCUAUCGUUGACAAUCUGAUGAGCAAGAUCUUUAUUUGGGAAGAUGAGAGAAAUGUGCCUUUCCUAUAUGAUGGGGUGCACUUGGUAUCCAUUCUAGAGGAAUAUAAAAUUAAUAGGCAACAGAAGGAAGAGGAAAAAAGAAGAUACAGGGAACACAAAAAGUUGCGAAAUCUUCUUCUCACAGAAAAGGAAGCAGCCUAUGGAUCCAAAUCUACUCUAAAACCAAGCAAUAGUUUUGACAGGAAGACAAACAUGUAUCUCACAAAUGGAUAUGGCAAUGGCUUCAUGACUCCAAUCCGACGGAUUUCUGCUGGUGGUGCAACUCCUGAGCUGCUCACACCACGCUCACACUCAGGCCGAUACAACAGCUACUUCAAGGAGGCAAGAAGACUGUCGGCUGUUGCUGUAUCCAAGGAGGAUGCAGUAUCUUUGUUCGCAUCGGUCGCAGGUUCGGGACCUGGGUCACCUCACACUUAACCUCAGGUUGUGUUAUUUAUAUCGUGCUGGCUACCAGUCCAUUAAUGUUCACUUACAUCAGUUCCUACAUCUAUUUCUCACAAUAAGAUUGGUGAUUUGAGAGCAGUUCAAAUGAUUUGUCCCUUGUAGAGUCUACUAAUUAGAAUGUGGAGUUAAAGGAACUAAAAUGGCAUGCUCUGUAGACCUCUGCUGAACUAUAAUUGACUUGUCUUUACUGAGA